AUGUUUGUACAACAGGAACAGUUUUACUCACAAGAUCUCGAAUCAUAUGCAACAGAUCAGAAUAUCAUGUUACCCCCUCUCUAUACUAAACUUCGCGCAAAGCCUCAUAGCGAACCAGGAAUUGAUUUGAGAAUAAAAUUACCGAACUUAGAGACAUUGGUUAUGCAUACAUGCAUGACAGACUCAGGCAAUGAUAUAAGAGAAUAUAUAAAAGCAAAUAGUGACGUCGAUAUGGAUAAAUACCUUCUCGCUUGUCCAACAGGAAUGUUACAGGAUAGUGAUUUAAUUAACAGAAUCAAUCUCAGAGAUAAAACCGUUAUCGUUCUAAUUCCUGCCCCCGAAAAAAAGCCAGCCAUUGCUGCAAAUUCAUCAAUGCGAAACUUUCCAGUUAAAUUUAACGGACCCAAUCCACUUGCGAAGCAACAUGUAUUCCAACAGUUGCCAAAAGCUAGAUCUCGUACAAGAUCCCUUAUUGGAACGUUUAUAUAA